UGGGCGGGAGGCGCAGCUCUCAACAAACAAGAGUGUAGCGAGAGAGAAAAACACUCUGAUCUUUAUCUUUAGACAUUUUGUUGGUUUUGAGGCACUUUAGAAAAUGUGUCAGUGCCAGCAGAGUGGGGGCUUAUAGCUCUCCAGCAGAUUCAUGGAAAAGCGUUAACGUAGCCGGUAAGGAAUAGCCGUGGGGUGAAACCAGAGACCUCUCUGCCUGAGCCGCGGAGGCUUGUGGCAACCAAUUGGAGGAGUGACUUGUACCAAGUGACAGCUGAGUCAGUGGGAUCUUUGUUGGAGGAAGAGUUGUUAGCGCCGAGUGAGAUUGUCUUUUGUUUUCAUAUAUCUAUAUAUAUUACAUGCAUGUGUCUGUUUAUGUAUGCACUUUGAAAAAAUGGCGACAAGAGUAGGCGGAGGGUACCCCAUGAACCCAGGGAGCCCCCUGAAUCCUUCCUUGGGGGUGAUGCCAGGACAAGCGGUCAGGAUGCCACUAAACCUCCAGCAGCAAUCUCCAGUCUUCCGGACGAUGGGUCCCGGCGGCGCUUACAACCGAGGAGGGAUGCCACCAGGAGCUCGCAUGGGAAUGCCAGGAAUGCAGAUGAGCAUGCCAUCUGGCUCAUCUUUCAUGGGCAACCCUUCCAUGAGACCAGGUAUUCCGCAGCCAAUGAUGGACCCGUUCCGGAAACGUCUGCUUCCACAGCAGCAGCCUCCACAGUUGAUGCAGAAUCGUGGGAGAGGUGUCAAGAGACGAAAGAUGGCUGACAAAAUUCUACCACAAAGGAUCCGAGAACUUGUCCCAGAAUCCCAAGCUUACAUGGACCUCUUAGCUUUUGAGCGCAAACUGGAUCAGACAAUAAUGAGGAAACGGCUGGAGAUUCAAGAGUCUAUGAAGAAACCCUUAAUGCAAAAGCGUAAACUAAGGAUCUACAUCUCUAACACCUUUGCUCCUGCCAAGCCGGAGGGCGAUGAAGGAGAAACUGUUGCAUCAUGGGAGCUUCGGGUAGAAGGAAAGCUACUUGACGAUCCUGGAAAAGUGAAAAGGAAAUUCUCAUCCUUUUUCAAGAGUCUAGUUAUCGAAUUGGACAAAGAUCUUUAUGGACCAGACAAUCACUUAGUGGAGUGGCACCGAAUGCCUACAACUCAGGAGACAGAUGGCUUUCAGGUGAAGAGACCAGGAGAUGUGAAUGUGAAGUGUACCCUGCUAUUGAUGCUGGACCACCAGCCCCCACAGUAUAAACUGGAUGCCAGGUUGGCACGAUUGCUGGGUGUCCACACGCAGACACGGGCAAAUAUCAUGCAGGCACUGUGGCUGUACAUCAAGAAGAACAAGCUGCAGGAUAGCCAUGAAAAAGAAUACAUCAACUGCAAUCGCUACUUCAAACAGAUCUUUAACUGCAUGCGAAUGAAAUUCUCUGAAAUUCCGAUAAAGUUGGCUGGUCUCCUGCAGCACCCAGAUCCCAUCAUUAUUAAUCACAUGAUUAGUGUGGAUCCUAAUGAUCAGAAGAAAACUGCAUGUUAUGACAUUGAUGUUGAAGUUGAUGACCCUUUGAAGAGUCAGAUGAACAACUUCCUCCUUUCAACAACCAACCAGCAGGAAAUCGCAGUGUUGGAUAUUAAGAUUCAUGACACAAUUGAAUCUAUCAAUCAGUUGAAGAUCCAACGUGACUUUAUGCUGAGCUUCAGCAACCACCCACAGGAGUUCAUCCAAGACUGGAUAAAGUCCCAAUGUCGAGACUACAAGAUUAUGACGGAUGUCAUUGGAAAUCCAGAAGAGGAGAGAAGGGCUGAGUUUUAUCAUGAACCAUGGACACAGGAAGGGGUCGGACGAUUCAUCUUCUCGAAGGUAUAAGGAAUAUUGAUCACAAUGAUACAUUUUUGUCUUCAUUGGCUGCAAAGGCUAUGCAGGCAAUUCUUGGAUUGCGGAUAGGUUCCAUUCUGGAGUCCUUUCGCAUGCUGAGUCAUAUGCAAGUCUGAACAGAGUGCAGAACAAUAUAAAGCAGCCAUUCAUAAAUACAGAAAAUGUUCAAUAUUGGGUCUUUGACAUUACAGCAUUGUAUGAGAUUGUGUUCAUAAGUACAAGUGUUCGUAAGUCGGCCAUUUGUAAAUCGGAGAUGCCCUGUACAAUGGAGUAAUGUGAAAUUUGUAUGCCUGUUAGCUUAUGUCUCAAGUUGCUGAUGUUUCAAUUUAGUGUUGAGUCAAUAGUACUGCCUUCCAAAACUCCAGAUCCACAAAAUUCAACCAGUGCACAGAAGCAAAAUAAGACAAAAUAUUAUGGAAAGCUGAUAUGGCCAUAAUAAAAAGAAAUGCUGGAAAUGGUCAAUAGGUCAGACAAAAUAUGGAAAAUAAAGCAGACUUAAAGUUUCAGAUGAUCUUUCCUCAGAAUUAGAUUCAUGAAAUGUUAUCACAAGACCCGAUUGCUUGGAUCGGCAAGGCUGGAACCACAGGCACCCAAUUUGCUUCCAUGUUUGAGCAAACAACUUGUCAUAAUCGGUUGUUUCCUCGUACCACAUUAAUAUCUGUUUUCUCCUGUCUCUGAACAACAUUGGGUAGG